AUGUCAAGAACGCUUGUAUAUCGAACAAAUAAAGAAUUUGAUAAAUGUAGUGAACUAUUACGAAAUAUUUUACAUGUUCAAGAAUCACAUCGAAAUGCUAAAGUCUCAACUGUUCGUGAAGUAAAUCAGAAAAAACAACAACAAUCAUCAAUAAAUACAAGAACGAAAAAACAGAAUAGAAAAGUCACUGUUAUUAAACCGUUAUUCAUUAAAACGAACAUUAAUAACACUAAAAAAACAAAUGAACAUCGACCAUCUUAUUCACAAAAUAAAUCUUUAUAUUCAACAAAUGGAUUAACCGUUGAGGAACCAUCAUGUUUAAAGAAUCGUGCAAGUCCAAAUAGAUCUCAUAAACAUACUACACGUUCUUCAUCUCCAACACAAAGCCCUCAUCAACGUUUAACAUCUCCAUUAAAAAAUAGUUUAUUAACAAAUAACAAAUGUCAAAAAAAGUUUCCUCCAUCAUCAUUACAUCAUCGUAUGCGAACUAAAGAAGAAUUAGUACGAAGUUCAUCUUUUAGUGAUAUACAAUCAUUAACAUCUAAUUUUAUGAAUCAAGAACAAAAACGUUUUAUUGUUGAUCAACUUCUUACUUAUUUAAUACGUAUAAAAACGAUUUCAAAACAAAUUCGAGCUCGAAAUUCUAACAAUAUUAUUGAUUCUGAAUGUUAUCAUUUAUGGAAUGAACUUGAAAAUUCUCUUUCAUCAGCUCUAUUAUAUGUUAAUGAUAAUAUACAAUUUCAAUUAUCAUUAAUACCAUUACAAAGUGAAAUAAUCGAACUUCGCAAAGAAUUGCAAACAACUAAUGUUCAUUUACAUGAAUAUGAUCUAACACGUCGUAAUGAUGAACAAUAUGUUCAUUUACAAAAGAAAUUCGAUACAGAUAUUAUUCAAGAUACACAAUUAUUGUUACAUAAUAAAGAAUUAAAAACACAAUGUCAAUUAUUACAAGAGAAAAUUGAUCAUUUAGAACGAGAUAAUAUUCGUCUUAUACAACGUUUAACUCAAAAAAAUCUUCAUUCAAUAGCUCAAUGUGCCCAAAGGAUUUCAACAGAUAAUGAUCUGCUUCUUCAGAAAGAAAUAAUUUUUUUAAAAGAAAAAUUAUAUCAUGUAUAUGAUGAUCUUGCAACAUCAUUGGAUCGAAAUCAUACACUUCAAAUAUUAAUUAGAGAACAAGAUCAACAAUUAUUAUUAUAUAAACAACAAAUCAACAAUUUAAAACAAUCAGCUCAAAAUCUUUUACAUGAUAAUAAUGAUCAAUCCAUGCAAGAAAAUAUUAAACAAUUUUUAAAUAAUAUUCUUAUCGAUCAACAUCAUUAUGGAGUAUCAAAAAACUCUUUUCAUCAAACUCCUGCAAAAUCUACUUCAGUAGCUGCUAAACCAUCUUCUAUUUUGUUCGAAAUACCUCAUAAAGUAGGAACUAUACCACCACCUCAACCUGCUACAUGUGAUUCACAUGUAUCACCAAUUGUUACAGUAAAUAAACAUCAACCAAAACUUAUUUUUGUAACUCCGACUGUUCUAAAUGAUUCGAAUAUUGUUUCCAAAUUUCAAUACAAUCGAAAUCCGAGAAUUGAUAUAACGCAUUGUUCAUCAUCAACUAUUGACGAUGCUGAUUCCAUAUUAAUAUCUUCAACAUUAUCUUAUGAACAACGAAAUUUUACUACUUUGUAUAAUAGUUUACCGGUAUUACCUAUACGUACAACAAACGAUGUAAGAAAAAUGACGACAACAAUAGGUAAACAACCAAUUUAUAAUAAUGAGAGUGGUCCUGAACUUGAUCAAAUAUCUGAUUUAACAUCAAAAAUAUUUAGUUCAGAAGAUGAAGCAAAUAUUCUUAUUGGUGAUAAUAAUAUACUAACAUCUUCAUUAACUACAACUUCCGAUGCUGAAAAACUCAUGCAUAUGUAA